UUUGGUGCAGGACUGGCUGACGAGGCCGAUGAAAUGACUGAAAAUGUACCAAGUCCACGGUCCAUCGCUGGUAACAAUGUUAGUUACUAUAGCGUCCAACUAAGUCUCUCCAACAGCACAACCGAGUUGCGAAACCGAAGCUUUUUCUUUUAUUGCAGACACUUAAAGCAUCCGAAGGAGAUUGUGAUACGUCUUUGGAGAACUACUAGACUUAGUUCCAACCACAAGAAGAAGAAUUCAAGUCCUCCCAGCUUGGUUUCUUCCCAAAUGAUUUUCGCCCAAUCUAAUUCUGCCAGUUCGUUUCACUCGUCGCCAAGCAAGACUAAUUCUAGCCACCUCUUUAAAGCCGGCGCCAGAAAUCGGACUACAUUUCCUGAUGAUCAAGGACAAGUUUAUGAUAAGCAUGGUUAUAUAAAUACAAAUCUGGCUCUGGAUGAUCAAUGCAACUUUGAUGAGACCCACGUUUCCCUACGAGAUGUUCGGGCUAUCACCGCGAAGGCUUCUAGCAAAUCUCCUAGUUGGUUAAGUCAAGUGGAGCGUCGAUUAUCUGGACCACCUAGAAACGAUGUGUCUUCUCGGACUAGUACAGAUGACCCUAAAAAAAUGACUUUAUCAGGAAUUGAAAAGUUGGUGCCAACCUUGGAUGAAGGUGCAACAAAAGAGCCUCUUCAUCCUGCCAUGGUGAACCAAGUAAUUAGAAUUCGGAAAAGCGAAGAAUCCAUAUCCACUAGCACGAGUUCAGCUAGAAGAGCGGCACAAUCUACAGCUCCAGUGUCUUCCAAGCGUUGCCGUUCGACGCGAAAAGGCGACUUAGAAAACACGACACUGAUUUCUGAAUAUCACAUGCCGCUCACUGGACUUUCUGAUCACAUUGAUAUUGAAUCAUGGUACGAUGCGUGGUCAUCUGAAAAACAACAAAAUGAAAAGUCGAGUAACUAUAUUCACCGCUUGGCCACAACGUCGACUCCAUCUUUUACAGAUUCCCAUUUUUCGCAACAUUCCCACUCGAAUUCCAGAAAAGCACCACAGCUUCGAAUGAGAACCCGCUUGAAUCGGAACAUAAUUUUACCUCUAACCUGUUAUUCUCAUCUUUUUACAUAUCUUACUGUAUUUGGACCGAAACACAAAGAUGGCUACAAACCGUCCAUUUCCAAAUUAGAUAGUGCUUCCCAAAAUAAAAAAGAAUUUCUUCAGCAUCGUACACAAACUGAAAAAAGCAACUUGAUUGUUGAUUUACGAACCCUAGAUGCAUGGUUAAAUGGCAGAGCCAAGGAAGACUUGGCUGCUUGUAUUGUGGCAGUCCAUCAACAUACUGGACAAAUAUCUGAAUUUCUUUCCAAAAUAAUUCAUCAGGAAGUCAUAGUCCAGAGUAAGUAG